UUUUGGGUUCAGUUAUGAACUGGGCACUCGGUUUGACACUCGUCUUGCUACUCACUGCUUGGGCUGUUGCACAAAUCGGAGGCAGUCAUAUUCUGGGUGUAUUUGUGGAUGUGCAUCGCUCCCAGCUGCUCGUCCAUUUGUCUGUGGCACGUGUGCUUCUCCAGCGUGGACACCAGUUGACUCUCGUCACCAGCUUACCCCUCGAGGAUGAUUGGCUCUCUGAGAAUAUUACACACUUUCUGGUGGAUUGGCAGCCAAAGGAGCAGCAGAUAACUGAUUACAAUGCCAACUUUGUGGGUCGCCUGCAGAGAACGCUCUCUCUUCUGGAGCAAUCGGGGGAGUUGCUCUUGCAAUCCGCCUGGCUGAACUUUAUGCAUGCCACGCCCACAACGCCGUAUGAUCUGCUGCUGCUUGGCUAUCAUUUCAAUGAUCAUCUGCUGGGCGUGGCAGCCCACUUUGCGUGCCCCGUCGCCAUUAUCAGCACCCAGCAGCCCAUUGGCUUUGUGCACAGCCUGCUGGUCAAUCCCGAGGAGCGUUGGUAUGUCCCUCAACCCUACGACAGUCGUCAGAGAACGGGAUUCGAGGGCUGGGUAUUCGGAGUGUGGGAGAAGUCAGCGGAGCUGCUGGCCAGGCGCGUCAUGCAGCGGAUUUAUAGCACGCACUUUGCCACGCCUCCUUAUCCCAGCUUUGAGGAGAUGCGUCUUCGAGUCUCGCUGGCGCUGAACAAUCACCACAUGAUCAGCGAGGGACCCAUUGCUCCACUGUUGCCCAGCAUGCUGGACAUAGGCGGCAUUGUGAUGGAGCAAUCGAGAUCGACUGACAACUCCAAUUUGGCAUUGAAUCAGACUCGUUCCGUUAUCAUCUUUAGUCUCGGGACACGUUUCAGUUGGCGCUCGGCUCAGCCGCAACUGGAGCGCAUCUUUGUGGAGGCAUUUGCUCAGCUGGAGGAUUAUGAUAUUUGCUGGACUUAUGAUGGCGACAAUGCCACUGAGAUUAGCUUGGCCAACAGGCAUAUAAGACUGUCCAAUUGGUGGCCACAGGCGCAGCUCUUGGCCCAUCCCUGCACCCGUCUGCUCAUCACGCAUGGCGGCAAGGGUAGUCUGAGUGAGGCGCUGUACUAUGGAAUACCCCUGCUGGGAUUGCCACUGCGCGGCGAUCAGCGAGCCAAUUUGCUCAAAAUGCAAGCCAGGGGCUGGGGCUUAAGCCUGGACAUGGAUGCACUGACUCCACUCGAGCUGCUGGCAACUAUUCAAAGGCUGCUCAAAGAAGAGCAAUUUAAGCAAAGGAUUCAAGUAGAUUCACAGCUUUAUAGGGAUCGUCCUUUGAGUGCCAGCAAUUUGACUGGGUAUUGGUUGGAGUAUGUCAUCAGGCAUAAGGGUGCCCAGCAUCUGUCUGGCAACGCCAGGCAGCUGACCAUCUGGCAACGCCAACUGAUCGAUGUACGCCUUGUCGUCUUUGGCACAAUGUUUCUAAUCAGCUGGACAGCACUGUGGUUAAUCAAAUAGACUCGUCUGCAUUCGCUUGACUAGCUGUGUCGUUUAUUCGUAUCCUUUCGUUCAUAUAUAGAUUAUAUAUAGAUUACA